UCUACGGCACCCAUAGACAUAGUAGGUAGUUUGUUUAUGUCUACAACAAAUUUUUAUUAUUGGCAACACACGAAACUGCUGCGCGUCCAUGUCAAGAGUUUCAUCUGUUUUACACGGGAUCAAUAUAAAUUAAAAUUCUCACACACAAUUGUGUAAAAUCUCAUCCAGAUAACUGAUCUUCAGUGACAACAAACUUUAAUCAGAGGUCGGAGUUGAAAUUAUAGGGAAUGCAGUUUGCGGCCGCUGAACACGAUGCACACAUUGCAGUGAAAUGAAAUGACGGAACUGUCCUUUAUUCCCAACAAAGUGAACUGUUGACUGAUUAUUUAAGAUUGUAAAACUGUGCAUUAUGUAGUGUGAGUGAGCUGAUUUUGUCUCGUGUUCAAGUGGGAGCAUGGUGUAUAGGUGUUAGCGCGUUGUUAGUGAUGUCGUUGAGAUGAUGUGGUUGUGUACGGUGGUGGCGGCCGCGGCUCUCGCGGCGGUUAGCGUUCGCGCCGAGCAAGUGCUGCUCCUCGACACCACCACUGAAGCGACGCUGGCCUGGACGCGGUUCCCGUACGGCCCUCAGGCGAGCACCCUCGGCUGGCUCGAGGAGUCCUAUACAGACUUCGAGAAACAAAUCAACUGGCGGUCGUACGUGGUGUGUGACGUCGCGCACAACAAUGUUAACAACUGGCUGUGGACACCAUUCAUAGAGAGGAGGAAUGCCAACAGAAUUUAUAUUGAAAUAAAAUUCACAAUAAGAGAUUGCUCAUUAUUUCCUGGGAAUGCACUCAGCUGUAAGGAGACAUUUAGUUUGUUGUACUAUGAGUUUGAUGUUGCUACUCGUGAACAGCCUCCUUGGGAGCCAGAGAGCUACAAGCUGGUGGGCCGUAUUGCUGCAGGAGAGGGACGCUUCAACACUAAUUCUGAGGUACACAUUAAUACUGAAGUUAAAAGCAUAGCUGUCACGAAGAAAGGUGUAUACUUUGCCUUUAGAGACCAAGGCGCUUGCAUCUCCAUAUUAGCUGUGAAAGUGUAUUACAUAACAUGCCCCGAAGUGACUGUCAACUUUGCUAGAUUCCCAGCGACACCUACAGGUAGAGAAGUCACUGUAAUAGAACAGGCCAAUGGUACAUGUGUGGAAAAUGCUGAGACUCCCUCGGGUGAGACACCUCCAGUUUAUUUGUGUAAGGGAGAUGGCAAAUGGACCCUGCCCAGUGGUUCUUGUAAAUGUCGAGCUGGAUAUGAACCAGACCGUGAAAAUCAACUCUGCAAAGAGUGUGCACCCGGCAAGUUUAAAUCUCACACAGGCGAUGAUCCCUGUACUGUAUGCCCUGAUUAUUCAGAGUCGACAGCUUAUGCUGCAUCCGAAUGUAAAUGUGUUCCUGGAUUCUACAGAGCUAAGAAGGAUCCUAAAGAUUUUCCUUGCACUCAGCCACCAUCAGCACCUGAUAACUUAACAGUGACAUUUGCAGACCAGUUUUCAAUAUCACUUGCUUGGCAGCCACCACAUAAAAAUGGCAGCCGUAGUGAUGUCACAUAUCGGGUGCAUUGUUCCAACUGUGGCCCCAAUGUUGAAUAUAGACCAGCUUCAUCAGGAUUAAAUUCCACAAGAGUGACUGUUAUUGGUCUUGAUCCAGUAACAGAAUACAAAUUUCAAGUAUUUGCUGAAAAUGGUGUGACAGAAUUGACAGGAGAACCACCAAAGAAAGUUGAGAUAACAGCAGUGACUGAAGCUUCAGUUGUCAGUGUAGUUUCCAAAUUAAGGGUGACUAAUGUGGAAAGUGAUAAAUUAUCAUUAAUUUGGAAUCCACCACCCAUUGAUUUGUCUGAUCCUGAUGAUGCUAUUGAAAGCUAUGAAGUGAAAUGUUUCCCAAAGGAUAAUUUAGAAAAAGGUGCUAACACUACACUAAAAAUCACAAAAGAAUCUCAUGUUACCAUAACUGGAUUGAAAAGGGACACAGAGUAUGGAAUUAGAGUUAGGGCCAAGAUGAAACGUGGCUGGGGAGAGUUCAGUGGUAUAGUAUAUGCACGUACAGGUUCUGUGCUUGAAACUACUUUUGUAGGGGAAGAAGAAGGUGCACAGGUGCGCUUAGUUGCUGGAGUAAUGGUUGCAGUGGUGGUCAUUUGUGUAGUAGCCAUUAUUGUUACCGUUCUAUUCUUGCGGUCCCGAGCUGAUGAUGAAUGUGAUAAAAAACAGCCAAAUGAUUGUAAUGCUCUUAACUAUCGCAAUGGUGAAGUUUACACGGGCCCAGAACGACCUGCUAAAACUAGUAGUAAUGCCACUACACCACUUUUUGCUGGCACAGGUUCUAGAACUUACAUAGACCCCCACACCUAUGAGGAUCCCAAUCAGGCUGUUAGAGAGUUUGCUCGAGAAAUUGAUGCCUCUUGUAUUACAAUAGAGGCUAUUAUAGGAGGUGGUGAAUUUGGGGAUGUAUGCCGUGGCAAGCUGAAGGUGCCAGCUAGCUGUGGCCAAGAAAUAGAUGUCGCCAUAAAAACACUUAAGCCUGGAUCCACUGAAAGAGCUAGGCGGGACUUCUUAGCUGAAGCGUCUAUAAUGGGCCAAUUUGAACAUCCCAACGUCAUAUUUUUACAGGGUGUUGUCACAAAAUGCAAUCCAAUAAUGAUUAUCACUGAAUUCAUGGAGAAUGGUUCUUUAGAUACCUUUUUGCGUGCAAAUGAUGGAAAGUUUCGUGUUCUGCAAUUGGUGGGAAUGCUUCGUGGUAUUGCGACAGGCAUGCAGUAUUUGUCUGAAAUGAAUUACAUACAUCGUGAUCUUGCUGCUAGAAAUGUACUUGUAAAUUCGCAGCUGGUUUGCAAAAUUGCUGACUUUGGUUUGUCACGCGAAAUAGAAUCUACCGCUGAUGGGGCAUAUACUACACGCGGCGGUAAAAUACCAGUACGAUGGACGGCACCUGAAGCGAUAGCUUUUAGGAAAUUCACAUCGGCCAGUGACGUUUGGUCUAUGGGUAUUGUAUGCUGGGAGGUAAUGAGCUUCGGUGAACGUCCAUAUUGGAACUGGAGUAAUCAGGAUGUGAUCAAGUCAAUAGAGAAGGGUUACCGUCUACCGGCCCCUAUGGAUUGUCCUGAAGCUGUAUACCAGCUUAUGUUAGAUUGUUGGCAGAAAGAACGCACACAUAGGCCGACCUUCUCAAGCAUUGUAAAGACUUUGGAUAAACUCAUUCGAUGCCCUGAUACGUUGCGAAAAAUAGCGCAAAAUCGUUCUGCGGAUCCCCUAGCUGGUGACACGCCCGAUUUGGUGCAGUUCUCGUCUGUCGAGGAGUGGUUGGAAUGCAUCAAAAUGUCGCGGUACAUCGAAAAAUUCCGUGCGGCCGGCAUUACGGAUAUGGACGCGGUGGUAGACCUCACAGUCCACCAGCUGGCUUCUCUUGGAGUGACCCUCGUCGGCCACCAGAAGAAGAUCAUGAACAGCGUGCAGAGCAUGCGUGCGCACAUCCGUGUCAGUGGUCCCUAUGGUUUCCUUGUGUGAACUAUUUCCAAAUGCUGUGUAGAAUAAGUGAAGUUUGAUAGUACUAAAAUCUGAUUUCAGAGUAUAUGACUGACAAUGAAACAGUUUGGUGGUCUCCAAGUGAUUUAUACUAAUGAAAAUAAUGCAUUUUGUAUAUUUUUCUAAAAGUACUCUCCUAGAUUUAGUACUUCAUAAGGUUAACAGAGACACAAAUAUUUAUCAAUUAAAACAUAUGACAUGACAUAAUUAUAUCACAAUGCUGUUUAUAUCUUUUUUUUUUUUUGUUUUUUUCAAUACUUUAUAUUAUUAUUGUACUUAUUUAGUCAUAGAAAUGUUUUCUUUUUUGUUAUUCAAAUAUUUGUCAGACAGUUGAAGCCGGCCUAAUUCAUGUAUGUGUUUAAAAUUCAGUUAAACAAUGUAAGCUUUAUCGACAUACCGUCUUCUAGCCAAUUCUGUACAACGAAAUAUAGAUCCAUUGUCUAUUUUAAUAUUCAAAUUAAAUGAAUUCAGUAUUUACAUUAUGUUAGUGACCAUCUUUACGGGCUAGCCAGAGUAACGAGCACUUGUUCAGGUAGACUGGUAGAUUACUUGUGAUUGAAUUUUAUUUUUAAUUUAAAGCCCCAUCAUUAUUGUUCACAUAAUUAUGAGUAGAAUGAUAAAUGUAUGUGAGAGACGAAGGGAGUAGAUUGACUGGUAAACAUAAAUUGUAUUUAAAGCAUUUGUAUGGAUAGGAUAAUGCUGCAAAUAUAAUGAAAUUAAUUUUGUAAAAAUUAAGAGUUAUAAAAUCGUAGAUAGCUAAUUCUGCUUUAAUCGUUUGGAUGACAAUUAUUUGUAUAUUAAUGGGUAUAUUUGCAAAGGAAAAUGUUAUUUAUAGGAUUAUAGAAUUAUGGUGGAAACAAUAAUAGCGUUUUGCGUUACUGAUCGUAACUUGUACUGCUAAUGUGAUCUAUUUUCAAGUGAUGUACUUAAUUAUAUUACAAGAACUCGUUUUUGUUAGAAUGUAUUCAAUAUAAUUUUUUUUUUUUUUUUCAUAAUCACUGCAUGUAUAUAAGGCUGAAUGUAUAACUUUAGUGUAAAUUCUUGCUUUGAUAUCUUAUUAUUAUAUUAUUAUGUCAUUUAAUACUCAUUUUUGUGUACAAUAUUGUGUCUAAUAAAUUACUGAAUUCUAUACAGAAGUGUUCAGUAUUUUUUUGGAAAAUAAUGUGGUAUUUCAAUUUUUUUUUUUCAUAAAAUCAUAUUAAAUUUUAUUAAAAGAUCUCUUUAAUUUAUAAGUUUUGAAAUAUUUUUUUUUACAUUCAAUUAAUAGACACAGUGGUGAUUAAUAAAAGUAUUUUAUAUACUUGUGUGCCAAACGGUUAUCAUUCUAUAUCUCUGAUAACAUUAACAUAGGUAUCUAAUUUAAAUGAUUCUUGUCUGUGUUAAUCAAAAUGAUUAGGUUUAAAAUGUACUUACUAUAAUUUCGACUAAUUUUAAUAUAUUAUAGUAUUAUUACUAGUAUUAUGUUUAAGAACACAAUAUCGUGUACAAGAAUGAGAUUAUAGGUGUAGUUAUUUUAUAUUAUUUUUUACUUUGGAAUUACAAAAGACUUAUUCACAUAAUAUUGGAACACAGCAGUUAAUCAAAUGAGUAUAACACUACCCAUACGUCUAUAGUUCUGAACAUGAAAAUCGCUUCUGAAGUGACAUUCCUGAAUCAGUUUCUAUUACUAAAGUUUAUAUAGUUUUUAAUACACAUUUAUAUUUAUAAAAUUAAUUCGUACUGGCCUUUAGAAUGAUGAUAAUAUCGAAUUUGAAUUUAGAAAUUGAGAAUGACUAUCAAAUUUGAAUUUAGAAUGGCUUCAGAAUCGUUUCUAUUGUAUCGUUAUACUUGUUUGUAACUAUGCUAAGAAUUCCAGGGUUAUGUGAACAAGCAAUUGAACAAAAUAUUGCCAACUUAGUUCAUAAGUGCUUCGCUUUAUAUUCUCAAUACUGAGUCGUUAACCGGCUGCGAAGAUGUGUACGCUGUGCUACUACCCGUUUACUUUCAUAAUAUAAGCCGAGCGAUUUUUUUAAUGUACACCCACACCGUUAUUGCUUGAAGCGAAUUUUUUUCAUACUCUUGCCCCCCAGCUAGGUGACAAUUGACCGACAGUAAAAUAAUUGGUACAUUAUAAUUAAUUAGUAGCCCAGUUUAUUUUGCCCCAUGGAUGUAAUUCUAGCCAAUUACACGUGUCUAAAAUAAUUUUCUUGACCACAGUUAUCCUCUUAUAAUUGACUUAAAAUUAUUAAGUUAACACAAUUUUGUCAUGUACUAUAAAAAUAUAGUAUUUCUUUUUUUUUACAUUAUUUAUACUUCUCCGCCUAAAAUGAAAAUUAAUUGUAUUAGUAAAGAAAUUGUACGACCCUUUUGUUUUGUUAUAAUUACUCCAGAAUUGUCUAUAUUUAUAUAUAUAAGAAUUAAAAUAUCAGGCGACUGAAAUACUGAUAUGUACAACUCUGCUUUCUGUAUUAGAUUAGAUUGCAACUUAAAAGUCAAAAGGGUGUAAACGAAAAAACCAAUCGAAUUUAUUUUUAAUUAACUUUAAUUGGUCACCUGUAUCUAGUUCCUAUAUUAGUGUUUUGUAUUCUAAAAGCCUAUAAUUGUUGUGCAUAUCAGUAUUUUGUUGUCCAUUUUGAAAAUAUUGCUGUCCGUUCUAUAAUGUCACUGAAGGUGCUGUGAAUCAUUUGUCACAUCUCGUGCGUAUGCACGCGAUCCAUCGCGAGAUUUCCAAGAAAUUAAUAAUACCUAUAUUUACAUGUUCCAUUGUGACAUUCUAGAAAAGGCCUUUUACUUGUUGGCUCAGUUUUUUUUUUUUUUAUUCUCGUCGCUAUUUCUCUUACAUUAGAAUUACAAAAUUGCCUACCGUUAUAUUUAUUGUAAAUUUAUCCACUGUGUUUACGUUUCCUAGCGUCGCUUGCGAUCGAAAUGGUAGCAAUAUUAUUACUGGCUUUAAAGCAAUAUCUUUGAUCUAAUUUCGAAUAAUUUAAAUUUAAUUCGGAUUUUUUAAUUAUUAAAACUAAAAAGUGCGAUGAAUUUUUAAUUAUAUAUAAAUACAUAUAUUUACAUGUAGAAAUUUUAGAAUUACAUAUUUUAGUUUAUA